UGUCCCCACACAGUUCCAGUCCCAUCUGCCCUCCCUUUGCCGGAGCCCAAGUUUGGUCCUGGGAGAUGGUCUGUGUAACUUCAAUUCACUCCACCGCUAUUUUGGAAUUUCUCCGUUUGGCAGUUUUUUAAAGAUUAAAAAAAAGUUACCACAUGAUACCCAGCAGUCCCACUCUAGGAUUAAUGAAAAGGACUUACCAUAUACGUUACAACUUUUUACUAAAGCCUUGAGAGAUAGACAUUGGCUUGUUGUCCAUGAACAUCUCCUUGUACUUGGCUAUAGCUUUGCCGUGAGUCCUUUAAGGUUUUACCAGUUUUACCAAUGAAGGAUAAAGCACUUCUCGGUGAAGUGCCCAAUAUUAGAGAUGAAAGAAGAGCUAAUAUCAAGGUUAAUUUCCAGUCAGAUUGACUAAGUCCUCGUCUAGGAAUUAAUUACUUUGAGAUUGACUCUUCUUUCUUCCUGGUUACUAUUUGAUGUCACCUAAACAAAACUGAUGCUCUGAUCCAAAACAGUUUGGAUUAUGUCCUGUAUUGAUAUUCCUGUCUUGACUUGAGCUGGGAUGCUCCUAGGAGGAAUAGAAGCCCUAUAUUUUACCUGAGCACAUAUAUGGAUGGCCACCUAGAUGCAACAGCACUCUGCUUCUUUCUUAACAGGAUGUGACUUUGUGACUCAUGAGAGAUGAAUGGUGAGACUCUUGCCCUGGCCAGUUUGGAUCAGCAGUUAGAGCGUUGGCCCACGGACCAGAGUCACAGAGCAUCUACUCUAUGCAAGGCUAUGUGGUAGAUGUUGAGACUACAAGAUUGUGAAUUCCUCUUGGUAUUGGGUUCGUGGCAGCAACCUUAUGUUGACAUAGUUUUAGAUGAAAAUGUUAUGUUCCUGUGAAGCAUAAGAAUGUGUUAGCAGCUGCUGAUGAAUUGAUAGGGACCAGCACUGUACCAGCAUUGCCCUCAUCUCAGAUAAAGAUGAAUGUCAUGUCUCAUUGAAUACCAAAAGUUUGAAGUUUAGAAGACAUUUGCUGACUCAGAUCACUGCAAAAAGAUGGCCUUUUCCAGCAUUUCUUCUGUGUGGCCAUGUGACUCAGUUCUCACCCAUGGAAUGUGAGAGGAAGAAAGCCUAAGACUUUAUUUUUAGGGAAAGAAUUCUUCAGUACCACCAAAGAUCAAGCUAAGAAAGAUGUUCACUGUGGCUAUGCUAACUGAGGACUGAAGUUUGCACCUUGGAGAAAGCAGGAUGAAUUUCAAGUCCUCACAUAGUUGGCUAAAACAGGUCCCUUUCUUCAUUGUCAAGAACAAGGUUGCAUUUUGAUCCAGGGUGAAUCUGUCAUGCCUUCUGGAACAAUACAGAAUGGAAAAAGUUUUCAGAACAAGAGUCAGUUUAGAACCAUUGCACCGAAAAUUGUGCCCAAAGUCCAAACUUCCAGAGUGCCGUCGGGCCCUGCGCCAUCACUCUCUGAUCAGGUGAAUCCAGGCCCCUCCGUCGGCUCCGCACCGCUAGGGAUGCCCACCCAGAACUAUGCUCUGAUGCAGGUUGCUGGCCAUAAGGGGACGUUUUCUCUCGUGGCAUUGCCGCAUGUUGCCUCAGCUCAGCCAGUCCAGAAGCCCAGACUGCCCCCUCCUGAAAACCUCAAACUGCCUAUUCCUCGAUACCAACCCCCGAGAAAUAACAAAUGGUCAACAAAGAGUCCCGCGCUGAGCUCCUCUGAACGCGGUGGUAGCAGACCUCCUGCCCAAACCCAGACAUCUCCUUCCCCGCCUGACCGUUCUGAACCCCUACCCCAACCCAGCGCAUCUGGGCCAGCGCCAUCACUAGAACAAGCCCCAGCCAGUGUCAGCAUGGCUGCACUGACCAAUGGCCGUGACCACAGAGAUUCUCGACCUCCAGUGACCAGUGACCAUGGAGAUCCGGACCUUCCUGACACCGCAACAUCAUCCACACCAGAGGAACCCUCUGCCAGGCAGGGCCUCAUGAAGAUUUCAGACAAAGAAAACUUUUCAAGCAAAGAAACAUCCAAUAAACCUGCUGUUGCCAGUGAAAAACAUAAAGAACAAGUUGAUCUUGCAAAAGGCACAGUCAGGUCAUCACCAGCCAUUUUGGGCAGCGUGCCUCAGUUGAUCCCCUCAGUCCCCAAAGGCAAACUGCCAAUCUUACCCUACUUAAGGAUGAAAACAACCGAGUUUUAUAAAAGUGAGUCAGAGGCUAACAUUGUGGACUUUUCUUUACCUGGGCUCAGGGUAGACUGCGAUAAGACAUCCACCAUCACAGAAGGCUUUGAUGUGGUACCUGGUCCACAGGUGUCGAAGCAGAGUCCCUGUAAAAGUGCCUUUUGUCCAGCUACCAAACUGGAUCUAAACUACAAAACAAAACUGAACAGUGAGGCAGCAAAGAGAAAAGGAAGAAAACUAAAGGCAUCAGAUGAAAUCUUGUCAUUUCAGGGGAGAAGGAAGAAAUGUAAAAGAAUAAGAAAUGAUUCCCAACAAUCCAGAGACCAAAAACCUGGGGCUAUGAAAAAAUAUCGUAGCAUUAUGCCUAAACCUGUCAUUGUCAUGCCCGCCGUGGCUCCCCUGGCUCCUGCAGCUGUGUUCCAGCCUCAGAGGCCCAGCAGCCUAGAACAGGACAGUUUGCUAAAUAAUUCCUUCACUUCUAGAUAUCUCGGCUGUAAGCAGGAUGACAGCCCUUCCCCUAAGCCCAACUCUGCAUUCAGAAAUGGAUUCUCUGGCAUUAAGAAGCCUUGGCACAAAUGUCCUGUCUGUGACCAUCACUUCCAGCUCAAACAGCACCUCCGAGACCACAUGAACACACACACUAACAGCCGGCCAUACAGCUGUCGGAUUUGUUGCAAGGCAUAUGUGCAUUCUGGCAGCCUGAGCGCACACAUGGAACUUCAUCAUGGUGAGAGCCAGCUGAAGAAACUCGUGUGCUGUGAAUUUUGUGCAAAAGUGUUUGGUCACGUCAGAAUCUAUUUCGGCCAUCUGAAAGAAGUGCAUAGGGUUGUCAUCAGCACCGAGCCCUCCUCCAGCGAACUGCAACCAGAGGAUGUGCCGAAGAACAGGGACAGGGACAUGAGUGUGCAGAGGGAAAACAAAUCAAGCCUGGAAGAAGACUUCCUCCUAAACCAGGUAGAUGAAGUCAAAUUACAAAUCAAAUGUGGUCGCUGUCAGAUCACUGCCCAGUCCUUUGCUGAAAUAAAGUUUCAUUUACUUUAUGUUCAUGGAGAGGAAAUCCAGGGCAGGCUGCAAGAGGAGCUCUCCCCAGGAGUCCAGGCCGCUCAGGAAGAACUGGUGCACCAUGCUGCUCCCUCCUGGAAACAGCAUCCUGAAAGAAGAAAGGUGCUGAAGCACGGUCCCUCUGAUGAGGAGGGACUUGCAGUUCCUAAAUUGACAAGGCAGCCCUACCUUCACCAUCAGAAUGACAUAGAAAUGCUCACAGAACAUGAAGGCACCCAGCUGGGACCCAGGGAGCCAGGAGAAGUCCCCCAGGGCCCUGCGUGCCCCGGCCCACACUCCGUGCUCCUCCAGUCCCAUUCUGGCUAUAACUGCAUCCUUUGUGCACAGACACUUGGAAGGAAAGACGAACUCCUCCUGCACUGGGAACAAGAGCACAAUUGUGAGGACCCUCCCAAGCUCUGGAGGAUUCUAAAUGCACUCACUAGCCAGGACUGAUUGAACUUCCCAGCAGAACUGAAAAAUGAAAGACAAGCUACAAGAGGUUAAACAGAGUUUUGUAUCACCUUUCUCUCAGAGUUCUUGUUUUAUGGUGGUGGUUAACUAUAAGAAACAAACAAGUUAGGAUCAGCAUUAAUAAACAGGAGUGAUUUUUGUACAUAAUUUUAUUUUCUUAUG